UCUUCUAGUUGCGUUAUUGGUUUCAUAUAUUUUUGUAUGGGUUGGAUUUUUUUCGCUUGCUUGGGUGGCCAAACACAACUUGGCAUCAACUUGUGACAUCACUACGGAUUUGAUGUGGGGUGAGGGCUUCCUGGCUGUUUUCUCACCUGUGUGUAGUGGUGUCACCAUUUGACAGUCUUCAGAGCAAAAUUUACAAUCAAAAGGACACUGUAAAGACCCGUUAUAAGAGCAGUCAUUCACACACAGCGCGUCUUUGAUGUUUUCGCCUCAGCUUGUCAGACAGUGUAUGGUGUAAACCAGGCGGCGCUUCAAGCAAGCACUCAUAUCCAGCCUACUGUGACAACUGCUUCUUAAGUUAGAAAACAGCAAGCGAGCUGACGUAUCAGUAACAAGUAAUUAAAGGUAACAACCUGAACAGAUUCCUUAUCCAGAGACCCACGGGAUUCGUGGAUAUUGCUGUAAUUGGGAGAUGCGCUGCAAAUUCAGCGUUAUUUUGUAACGCGUCAGUGAGUCAAACUGGAUAUCUCGCUCUGUUGGACACUGCUGCUGUCUAGUGAUACUUUGAAGUUCUGGGGGAGCUUGCCUGCACAUGAUGUACACAAUAACAAGAGGUCCAAGCAAACUUGUUACACAACGGAGAACAGGUCCUACGCAGCAGAUCGAGAGCCAAACAACAGACUUGAAACAGAAACAGAACCACUGGUUUACAACAAACGGUCCUGCUCCAAAGAUUGUUUUCCACCGAGUAAACGGACAGAGGUACCACAAGCCUUCCGUCCCAAAAGCUGUCCCAUUUGAAGAAGGCUUCACGCCUGCACAUGAAGAGAAUGUUAAAUUUGUCUUUGAAGCCUGGAGGGAGGUGGAGAAGAGUGUGGGAGACGGUGGCCCCCAGGCGGAGAGCAGCCGAGGGCCUGUGCAGUAUGCAGAGAGGACCCCGAACCCAGCCAUGAAAAACUUUGUGCCCAUUGACCUGGAGGAGUGGUGGGCUCAGCAUUUCAUGGCCAACAUUGGCAACCCGUCAUGACGGAGCACCGGCAAAGGAGGAAGUGAAGCGAGACCCCCCGGGGAACCUGGCUGGGAGCGGCGGUCUGGAGACGGGCCUGAAGGGAGCUCAAUAAACAGGAACUGGGAAACCCCCGAGACACUGGGAGAAACUCUGGCCAGAGCUGUGUGAGUGAAGGCCUUGGAGCUCCUGCCCCCACCACCACCACCACCACCCCUCAGACUGACCUUGUCCGGCGGGGCCAGUCAGUGCGCUGUCAGGGGAUUAUCCGGUUUGACCUUCACCAUCGCCCUGUUUUCUAUUUAUUUUUUCUUGCUGAGAUCUCAUUGCCCAAGCUGUGUGCCAGAUUCAAAUUAAAUUGGCUUGUCUUGGCAUACAAAAAUGCGGAAAAUGGGAGAGGAAUAAAAAAAAAAAAAAGUUGAAGUUAAAAGCGGUGUGGUCGUACAUUUGUG